AUGUGUGACCGGAACGGGGGGCGGCGGCUGCGGCAGUGGCUCAUCGAGCAGAUCGACAGCAGCCUGUAUCCGGGCCUGAUCUGGGAGAACGACGAGAAGAGCAUGUUCCGGAUCCCCUGGAAGCACGCAGGCAAGCAGGACUAUAACCAGGAAGUGGAUGCCUCCAUCUUCAAGGCAUGGGCAGUUUUUAAAGGGAAGUUUAAGGAAGGGGACAAAGCUGAACCAGCUACUUGGAAGACAAGGUUACGUUGUGCGUUGAACAAGAGCCCAGAUUUUGAGGAAGUGACAGAGCGGUCGCAGCUGGACAUCUCUGAGCCGUACAAAGUUUACCGGAUCGUCCCCGAGGAGGAGCAGAAAUGUAAAUUAGGCAUGGUGGCCCCCGGCUGCAUGAAUGAGGUCACGGAGAUGGAAUGUGGGCGCUCGGAAAUCGACGACCUGAUUAAGGAGCCUUCUGUGGACGAUUACAUGGGCGUGGUCAAAAGGAGUCCUUCCCCGGAGGCCUGCAGGAGCCAGCUGCUCCCGGAGUGGUGGGCGCAGCCAGCCAGCCCAGGUCAGUCCUUGCCAUUGGGGUAUGUGGCCUACGAUGCCCACCAAUCAGCCUUCUCCCAGAUGGUGAUCAGCUUCUACUACGGUGGCAAACUGGUGGGCCAGACUACGACCAGCUGCCCUGAGGGCUGCCGCCUCUCCCUGAGCCAGCCAGGCCUGCCUGGUACCAAGCUAUAUGGGCCCGAGGGCUUGGAGCUCGUCCGCUUCCCGCCGGCUGAUGCCAUCCCCAGUGAGCGGCAGCGGCAGGUGACACGGAAGCUGUUUGGGCACCUGGAGCGGGGUGUCCUGCUGCACAGCAGCCGCCAGGGCGUGCUGGUCAAGCGUCUGUGCCAGGGCCGCGUGUUCUGCAGCGGUAACGCCGUGACCUGUAAGGACAGGCCCAACAAGCUGGAGCGUGACGAGGUGGUCAAGGUCUUCGACACCAGCCAGUUCUUCCGAGAGUUGCAGCACUUCUACAACAGCCAGGGUCGACUCCCCGACAGCAGGGUGGUGCUGUGCUUUGGUGAAGAGUUCCCCGACACGGCCCCUCUGCGCUCCAAACUCAUCCUCGUGCAGAUCGAGCAGCUCUGCGUCCGGCAGCUGGUGGAGGAAGCGGGGAAGAGCUGUGGGGCAGGCUCCGUGAUGCAGGUUCCCGAGGAGCCCCCGCCGGACCAGCUCUUCCGGAUGUUUCCAGACAUCUGUGCCUCACAUCAGAGACCAUUUUUCAGAGAAAACCAGCAGAUCACCGUCUAG